AUGUGUUGUGGCGGCGCCCUGAAGUCCUUGGUCGUCGAUCUUCAAGUGCCUGGAAGAGAGAAGUUGCGGCUGUUGCAAGCAUCGGCACUCCCCGCUGCAGGUCCUCGGAUCAAGCUGGUUGAUCCGCGGAGGUGGGGAGAUCCUGUCAAGCAUUACUGCGCGGUGGUCAAGAUGCUGCACGUGGGCGGUCAAGUCGUUCUCGGCAGCCAAAGCUCGCGUCCUCGAAAGGUUUUGGUCAUCUUCGACACUGGAACCACAGGUGCCUCCAUGACGCCAGGCCUGUAUGAGUCAUACUGGCGGAUGGCGCAGAACGCAGCACAGACUGGAUUGGCCUGGUCUCAGGCUCGCAAGGUGCAAGUUGCCUUUGAAACCACUUCGGGAUCAGACGUGUGCUUUGACAUGUACAUGGGAAGGCAUCCCAGCUAUGGGAUAGGUCUUGACCUCGUUACGCCCAUCAACGAGAUGGCUUGGGCGGGUGUGGGCCCAUCAGAGUCGAUUGCCAACUACAAGGUUCCUGGAGGAGUUCAGUUCAAGCCACCGUUCGAGGACGUGAUGUUGCUGGGACUGGGCUUCCUCGUUGGAAAGUGCAUAGCUAUCGACACAAGGAUGGACCAGCUGGCUGUGAUCGGAGGGGUCUAA